AUGGAUUGUAGAACCUGCAUCUCAGUCCCAGAAAUGUUGAACAAAGGGGUCAUAUCAAACAAUUCCAGCUUGAAAUAGACCCAUUUCAAAAGUGAAAAAAACCUUUAUUACUCUUUUCAGUUAAACCAGAAAUGCAGAUGGACAAGAGUGGGCUGCUGAUAAUGUCCAUCCUCUCUGCUCACUGCUGUAUUUUACCUUUCAGGAGGCGAUCUGCCUCACUGUGUUGUUGAGAAACUUAGUGAUAGAUAAAAGGAGGCAAAGAGUCCUGUGGCACCUUAUAGACUAACAGAAGUAUUGGAGCACAAGCUUUCGUGAGUGAGUACCCACUUCGUCAGAUGAAUGAUAUCUAUCUAUAUUAGUGAUAGAUAGCUGCUAACAAUUUUUUUAGCUGUAUAGGCUGUGAUUUUCAUAGACUCUUUACUGGGCACCCCACUCCUCUAGGCAUGUUUGGAGAUCUCAGCCUGAAUUGUUUAUUUUGGAAUCAUAGGAAUGGCUGUAUCAGAUCAGAUCAUCGAUCCACCCAGUGUAGUGGCCUAUCUCCAACAGUUACAUGCACAAGCUGCUUAAGAGGUAGGUGCACAGAGCAGCUUUCUCCCAACCCACCCAUUUAAUUGGCUUAUAUUCUAAGGCAGGGGGAUUUAUUUCCCUUCCAAACCUCUUUAUUCUAUCUUUGGUUUGUGUUUGAAUUCUCGAUAGCAUAACUCUGGAAGUUCCAGAUGUCCACAUAAAUCCUCGGUCCUUUUAAAUCAUGGUUUACUGCUUGUGGCUUGUCUUCUGCAGACCAGUGCUGCAUGGUGUGGGAACAAAGCACCCUUGAAUUCUGCAGAUCCAUGAAGUUGACUGAUUUUUUAAAAGCAAACACAAAAAUAAAAUAAAAGAUUGCAGUUGUGCAUUGCAACUGGCUCCCAGCACUUUCCAUGCAGUUCUUAACACUGAUAUAACCUGUAUUGCUACAGCAUAUGUAUAUCUAGCCUGAUAUUUUGUGUUGUAAGUUCAGUGUGCACAUAGAAUAACAGUUUAUUUAAGCUGCUGUUCUAGAAGAGCAAUAAUCUAUUACAGAAAAUGAGUUGUCUGUCAAUCUACACCUUGGGUUGCAUUCCCCACCCAACCAUUCAGCUAGUAACCAUUAGGAGAAGCCAUUAAAAAAACAAAAACAAACAAACAAACAAACCCCCCCCAACGUUAUGGCAUUAUUUACUGACAAUACAUUAAUCUUUAAAUAUAUUGUUCAUGUUCUCUUCCAGGUAUGUUGGAUUUUCUGUAGAUACUACCCAUGGUCAAUGCAGACUGGAGCAAUAAAACAGAUAUAGAAUUCAUCCUCCUAGGCUUUGGGAAUCUCCCUGAACUGCAAGUUCUUCUCUUCCUUCUGUUUUCAGUGAUCUACACUGUGACCAUGGUAGGAAACAUACUCAUCAUUAUACUUGUAACUGAUCAGCACCUUCACACCCCCAUGUACUUCUUCCUGGGGAACUUGUCCUGCCUGGAAACUUGCUACACCUCAACUAUCCUGCCCAGGAUGCUGGUCAGUCUCCUGAUGGGGGACAGAACCAUCUCAUUCAGAGGCUGUAUUGUACAAUUUUAUAUUUUUGGAGUCCUAGUUACUACAGAGUGUUUUCUUUUAUCCGUGAUGUCUUAUGAUCGGUAUUUAGCAAUAUGCAAACCACUGCACUAUGGAGCCCUUAUGAAUGGCAGAUUCUGUGUCCUGCUGCUGUCUGGGUCUUGGAUAAUUGGCUUUUUGGCUAUUACCAUGACAACAUCUUUGAUGUCACAACUGCCUUUCUGUGGGCCUGGUAAGAUUGAUCAUUUCUUUUGUGAUUUCACCCCAAUGGUAAAACUCUCCUGCAGUGACACUCGCCUAAUAGAAUUUUUGAGUUUUGUUCUGUCAGCUGUAUGUUCACUGCCACCAUUUCUACUAACUGUAACAUCCUAUGUUUGUAUCAUCAGCUCCCUCCUGAGAAUCUCUUCCACCACUGAGAGGCAAAAGGCUUUUUCCACCUGCUCCUCCCACCUCAUUGUGGUUACAACUUUUUAUGGGACUCUGAUCACUGUUUAUCUCCUACCCAAAACUAAGAUACUGAGAGACAUGAACAAAGUGUUCUCUGUCUUCUACACAGUCCUGACUUCUCUGGUCAAUCCACUCAUCUACAGCCUGAGAAACAAAGAGGUUAAAAAGGCUCUAAGAAAAGCAGUCAGUAAAUUUAUGGAUUUCCCAUGA